UCGAGGAAUGACGUCACUUCACGAUCGGAAAUGGCGCCUGUAUCAAAUCUGCGGGAGUUGAUAAGUUGAAGUUGUCGAGCUUGUUUUAAUCAUGGAGCAGGAAACAAGGAAACUAGUGAAGAAACUGACACAAUUUCAGGAGGGUUCAGAGAAUUUUAGACGGACCUUUCAGUUUGUGCAGUCCAACUUCAGAUUCCAUCGCUAUCUGGAUCCUGACAGUCACAAAAUCACCAGAACAUUGAGUGGAAUCAGAGAGAAAUUGUUGAUCCAUUCUCUGGUGGAGAAAGCUACUGCACUGGAUAGAUCGGUGAAGGCAUUCCUAGAAUCUCCCCUCUCAGAGAAAAGUAAACACUCCAAGACUGAGGGUCACUAUGCAGUCUUGUCACUUUUGCUCAAUUUAUCAAACUCUCCAAUCAAUGCUGCAUUUCACGAGAGAGAAACAAAGCAUGAGGCAGCUCCUGAACCCAAAUUUGACUGGACUGGUUACCUACUGGAAGGUCUUGAACCUUUAAAAUCAUUCCGAGAUUCUUCUGAAGAGGAGUGGUCAGAUGAAGAUGAAGUCUCUGUUGCUGAUCAAAGUCUGACAAGAGAGGGGGCCCUUCAGGUCGAGCCUUAUCACCUCACUCCUUCAAGAGUCCCUGGAAGCAGCAAACUUUAUGGAACAGGUUGGGCAGAGCUUAGUGACAGUGUGGUGAUACAGUACUGGCAGGGGGAGCAAGACUCUACACUCCAUAGUGAUCAUGUGACACAUCACAUGACCAGGCAGUGGUGUGAAAGGGAGGUUUCUUGUGAACCGUUUAUUUCUGACAUUCCAAGAACUACCAUGACAGAAACACAGAUCAUUAGAGAAACUAUAUGGAUGCUUUUAGGAGCUGGUAGAUCGUUCCUUUAUCAGAGGAGGGAUGAUUGUCACGUGGCAAGGGACGAUGUUCAAGUAGCACAUCUCACUCCUACUUCAUUGCACGGUAUAACCAGACAGCUGGCUGAACUAGGCUCAAAGAUCCUCCAGCUACAGUCAUUUAUUGACAGAGUACAGUCCAAUCCAAUGAGUUACUGUACACCACAGAAACCUUGCCAUCCAUCAAUCUCCUCAGAGAAAGAACUAGAGUCGCCAAAAGAAAUAGCCAAUGAAGAUCACCAGGCCGACCCAAGCCCUUCGUCGGUGACAGACACCAAGCCAGAAGGUUCAGGCAGAACUCACUCACUUCCUGAUAUCCUCAGAGAAGCCAAGGUCCAGGAUUCUGCAGUGGAAAACCACUACAACUGCCAGACCUACGAAGCAUUUGCUGACGGUCUUGCAACAGUUCUCCAGGAUUUCAGAAACUCACUCAUAGAGGAGGAGAAGAAGGCCGUUGCUCAAGGUAUGAAGGGAAAUUCAGAAAAGGGGCUUUACUUGGCAUCCACUUGCCUCUUAUCUCAUUGA